UAGCUUGGUUGAGCUUGCUGGCUGCGGACAAAGAAAGACGUUUGUUAGCAGCAGGUUGCUAAGCAGAGAUCUCGUGACAGUGUCAAGUGUUGUGAUUUUUUUCUCCUUUUGAUAAUGUGUGCAAAAAGUGUGAAAGAAAAGUAUGAAGAUGAACUUUGUCGAGCAAGCAAGCGACAGCGUAAAUUACUGGAAGCUGUUUGUAAGACCCCUCAAAUUGAGGUACACAGAGCAGAUGUGAGUGAUGAAGAUUUUCAUCCUGAACAGCAGCAGUCUCCUCAUGUAAAAGAAGAGGAGGAUGAGACUGAUAUCACCCAACUGCCAUUUAAUCGUGUCAUUGUGAAAAAUAAUGAUGAUAAUAAUGAUGAUGAUGAAGAAAAAGAAAGUGAUGAAGACCACUGUGUCGGAUUCCAAGCAGACAGCCGCCUCUUAGCACCACUCUCAGAUCGCAAAGACAAAAUGUCAGAUUCGCCUAACACUGAUGAUGAACACUUGAAAUGUGAUCUGACACUUCACACAGACAACAAAUGCUUGAAAUGCUCUCACUGUUCUAAAACUUUUAGUAACAAGAAAAUCUUGAAACGACACAUGAUGACACACACCGGAGAGAAACCCUUUGCAUGCUCCAUGUGUGGCAGAAAAUUCUCUCAGAAGGGAAAUUUAAGAACACAUAUGAGAACGCACACUGGCGAGAAACCGUUUUCCUGUGCCGCCUGCGACAAAAGUUUUAGUGAUGGUUCAGCACUGAUUCAACACCAAAAAACGCAUACUGGUGAGAAACAAUUCAUGUGCUCUGUUUGUGGUAAAGGUUUCACCCAAAAGGGAAAUUUUAUUACACAUACGAGAACACACACCGGAGAAAAACCUUUUUCCUGUUCGGUCUGCAGCACCAGUUUUAACGAUAGUUCAGCAUUGGCGCGACAUAUGAGAACGCACACUGGGGAGAAACCAUUUUCUUGCUUAUUCUGCAGAAAAAGCUUCUCCCUCAAGGGAAAUUUUGUCGCCCACACAAGAAUGCACACAGGAGAAAAACCUCAUUCUUGUUCAAUCUGCCAAGCAGGCUUUAGAGUUCGCUCAGGUUUGGUUCAGCACAUGAAAAAACAUGCUAGUGAGAAUUCUUAACGACAAGUACUGUAUGUGUGAUGUUUCAUGUACUAGUGGCAUUUGCACACUGAAUUGAAGACAGACGUUUCACGACCUUUUUUUAAUAGGGUGUCUAUCUGCUAUGGCAGUGUUCUUCAAACAUUGUUGAGCUGAUUUUUUCUCAUAAAAAAAAUAUAUACAC